AUGCCCAUUUUUCAGAAGAAAUUUUCCCCGAAAGUCGCACCACCGCGUACCCAGCGGCUCAAUAUUGGCUGUCCACCGCCGGCCGAAGAUUUGGACGACUUCCGCACCAUUACGCUGAAUCUGGUCGACAAGCAGCUUUGCUUCAACGAUGGCGUUUGGUUGAAUGGGCUGAAGCCGGUUCCGGGCGGCACUGCAACAUCCGGUACAGGCGUCAACCAGACGGACGAUUUGUUGCGCAUGAAGCGGCGUAUGAAAACGCUCGAACAGGAAAACAACAUGCUGCAGGUGAAGCUCGAUGUGUUGGUCGAUCUGUUGACGGAAAAUGUGAUUGAGCUGAAUGAAAUUAAAAACCACUAG